CGCCAUAUCUGUCUCUCCCACUUCGUCCCCCCACUCCCUCUUCUUCUUCUCCCUCCAAAACCUAAUCCGUAGCAUAGAUUAAGCAGUUUCCAAUUCUAGGUUUUUACUUGUUCCAUGCGGUUGCAACUCCUACACGCCGACAAAACCUGAAACUUCCAAUCUCCAACUUGUCGGAUUACAAUUCAGCAAGUAUAAAGUGAAUCAGAGUCCUCCGAACCCUAAAAAGGCGCCAUCUUUCUUGAUCAGCAUUCCCGAUUACGCCCAAAAUUCUUCAAAAAUACAAUAAUUACUAACACUAUCUUUAGCUUCCAUGGCGGAUUCUGACAACGAAUCCGGUGGGCAUAACAAUAGCAAUGCCGCCAUAAACAGCGAGUAUUCUUCUCGCGAACAGGACCGAUUCCUCCCCAUCGCCAACGUGAGCCGAAUCAUGAAGAAAGCCCUCCCGGCCAACGCCAAGAUCUCCAAGGACGCCAAGGAGACAGUUCAGGAAUGCGUCUCCGAAUUCAUUAGCUUCAUAACCGGCGAGGCGUCAGAUAAGUGUCAGCGCGAGAAGCGGAAGACCAUCAAUGGCGAUGAUCUAUUAUGGGCCAUGACUACCCUUGGCUUCGAGGAGUAUGUUGAGCCGCUCAAAAUCUAUCUCCAGAGGUUUCGUGAGAUGGAAGGCGAGAAGGGCGGCGGUGGCUCUCAGCCGCAAAAGGAUGGAGGUGGCGGCGGUGGAGGAAAUGGGGGUGUGGGUGGUGGUGCUAUGGGUAUGGGAAGCAAUGCAGGGGGUUUCUCAGGCGGCGCUGCUGGGAUGUAUGGAGGCAGUGGCAUGAUGAUGAUGGGUCAGCAGAUGUAUGGCUCUCCACCGCCGUCAUCUUAUCAGCAUCAUCACCAUCAUCAUGAAAUAGG